GUAGGUUAAGGUCAUAUCCUCAAUACAGCUCGUUUACCGAAAUUUAAUUAUUUUGAAACCGGAAGUAGUUUCGUGAAAUAAACACCAUGACUCUUGCAAUAGUGUGGUCAGUCCUGAGUCUUAUUUCACAUGCCUUAACUCAGUACAUCCAGAUACAAGCACUUCCGCCAAAAGUGACUAUUCGGGAGAAUGAUCUGGUUGUCUUGUGUUCCAUCACUAACUCUUCACAACUCCAGUCAUUAUUCUUUAUAGAGCUCUCGAGGAAUGCAACUGUUAACUUUACCACUGUAGUUUCAGUUUCAAACAAUGAUAAAAUAAAAUGGGCGGACUCUGCAUUACAAAGCCGAGGUGCUGCAGCUAUGGGGUCUUUGGACUUAAUAAAUACACCAUAUUUGAGAUUUACAAUGAAUAAAGACAUCGUUCAAUGUCCUGAUGACUUUAAGAUCUACAAAUGUAAAAUGUCUGGCGUAGAUUCUCGAAACAAUAUAGACACAAUGGAGUCAGCCCCGAUCGAUAUUGCACACAACGUCAAACCAACUGUGAUGGAGAUGCCCCAGGUUAAGAUGCUAAAUGAGCUUUUCAUUACACCUCAUAGACAGUUUCCAGUGGGAACCGCGAUACAAUUAACAUGUGAGGGAGAGAUAGGUAGUGACCCAAACACUACGAUCAGAUGGUGUGUCCGAAAAGAAAAAGAAGAGGGAUUCAAUAGAUGGACCCCGUCCCCCGUCCAUUCAAAGGCCUCUCUAUCAGGAUGUCAGUACACAAGGUCCAGUACCAUCACAUACAAUCUGACAAGGGAUGACACCUUUACAAGGUUAAUGUGCGAGUCUGGAAAUACUGGUACUUGUGGGACAGGGACGGCCAUACAAUAUGUCAACAUCACCAUCAUCAGACCAACCUUGAUUGAAGAGCCGAGAGUGAGAAUUCUAAAUGAGCUCAGUGGUACAACAAAACGACAAUUUCCAGUGAGAACAGUCCUACAGUUAACUUGUAAAGGACAGAUUGGUAGUAACCCUAACAAUACGAUCGGAUGGUGUGUCCAAAAGGAAAAUGAAGAGAUAUUCACAAAAUUGGACCAAGCCCCUCUCCACUCCAAUGCGUCUUUUAAUGGAAGUCAGUACAUCAGGUCCAGUACUAUCACUUACAGCCUGACCAGUCAAGACACAUUUACAAAGUUCUUGUGUGAAUCUGGAGAUACCGGAGUGUGUGGUACAGGGACCGCCAUACAAAAUGUCAACAUCACUAUCGAUCCUGUCACUAAUUUUCAUUCAGAAGAUGUUUCAGAUACAUCUGAUGCUAGAAAAAUCGCCGGAGGGGUGAUAGGUGGAUUGGUUGGGAUCAUACUGGUUGCCUUCCUUAUUUUCUGCGUUGUUCGGAAUAAAGUAAAAUUCUUCUUCUCUUUUUUAGACACUUUAAAAUUCUUUUAAGCCCGAUUGUCCUUAGGGAUAUGAAAAAUAUGUCAUAUGUACAGUCAACAAAUUCCCAGUUUUGGUAUAAAAACAACAGCUUCUUCAAUGUUUUAAAGCAAUAUCAUGUUUCUCUCACAGAUAUAUUUGCAGUUUCUUAUCCUAUGUGUUCUAUUUCUAAAUGCUCUGCCAAAAACUGUAAAACCUGUGACAUUUUUAUUACAAGGACCUUUUUUACAAGCAAUCUAACUGGAAAAAGUUUUUAAUACAAAAACAUGGGAAAAUUUGAACUGUAAAACUUCUAAUGUUGUCUACGGAAUUGAAUGUACCCUUUAUGGACUCAUCUAUGUUUUUGAAACCAAAGGUUCACAAACGAAUGUCUGGUUAUAGAUUUCAAAUCAAUAACGGCGGUCAGCAGCUUUUAUACAAACAUUCUUAAUUCCCCAGACCAUUCUAUUUUGUCUAGAAAAGUUAGAAUUCUAUAAAAAAAAAUACCAUCAUACCAAUAGCCCAUCGCUGAGUACGCCAUUUCGUAGACAACAAGAAGAACUUUGGAUAAGAAAAUUAGGUACGACCUUUCCGUAUGGAUGCAACGAUAAUGUUGAAAGUGUAGGGAAUCUUUCAAGUCCUAAAUGUAACCGAACUUUUUAACAACACCGAGAGACGUAGGCGUAGUCAUGGAAAUUGGUCUUAUAACAAACCAAUUAUACAAGAUGUUUCCUUUGAUUUAUUAUUACCAUAUGUAAAUAAACAAUUAGGUCUCCAUUACAUUUGCACCAAACUUUACUCUGUCUCUUUGAAAGAAUUAAACAAUCUUCUUGAAAAAGUCAAGGAAAAGCCGCUUUUUAGUUUUUCUACACCGGAAUACAGACUCCGAGCCAUGAUUAUGGAUGUUGCUUAUCAUCGGCUUUUUAAACCUACAAAAACAGAAAAUAUUGCUCAUGCACCACCCACGUUAUUAUUUCAAACUGCAGUAUGCCAACAAGGAAAUCGGUGCCGUUAAUAUAAGCAAUAUUCUUAAUCACAAAAAAGGUCAGUCCAGCAUUCCGCCAUAUUUCAAGAUAAAGUCAACCCCUUAUAUUUCCUACAGUUAUACUUCAACCAUUGCUUCCAAACUCUUCAAUUACAACUACAAACCCUAUAUGACCUUAAUAUCGAACAUCUGAAAGAUAAUCCUCCAACGUGUUCAUGUUCUUCUUCACCCUACAACUAUAGUCCUGCCGGACACGUCAUUACUGGUGUUGUUAAUUAAGUUAACACUUCACAUGACGUCGUAAUUUUAUAAAUGUCAUAUAUUCUGUUGAAGAUAACGCCAAGCGAUGGGCAAAAUCUGAAAAAGAAUUCAAACUACAUAGCUGAUAUAGAAAUUUAAAAAAAUGUGUAAUAAUACUCUUCAUUUUAUCUCCUGUAAUUUCGCCAAGUCCAUAAAGUAUUUGCUGGUAGAAAUUUGUGAAAACAAUGCACUGUUAUGCAGAAUAUAAUUUCUUUCCGUCAGAGUGGGUUAAAAGCAUCAGAUGCAUAUUAAAAUCUCGUAUUAAACGACUGAGAUGCCACAUAAAAUCCAACUAUCCUUCUGUUUUCAAUAAAACAGAAGUGAGAAAAGAACUAUAUAGACUGCACGAUCAGUAUGUACUGGUACCUGCUGAUAAAACAAGCAACAAUAUGUCUUUGUUUGUAAGGCACAUUAUAUUAAUUGCAUUUUUAAAGAACUAGGUUUCGAUUCUACACAUGGUAAUCCUACUUAUACCCAUAGUAGUCUUUCCAAGCAGGAAAUACUUCAAAAUCAUAAAUCGGUAGUGGAUAUCUUGAAUAUCCACCAAAAAACAAAAUGAAUUUGAUUUACCUUAUUUGGACUGGAUUCCAAAGCUUCACAAAAGUCCUUACAAACAGAGACAUAUAGCAGGUUCCAGUAAAUGUUCUACCAAACCUCUCUCUUUACUCCUUACUAAAAUUCUUACAGUAGUUGAAGAGACAUUUCAAGAGUACUGUACAACAAUAUACUCCAGAAAUGGUGUGAAUCAGACGUGGAUACUAAAAGACUCUAAAGAAUUAUUAGAAACUUUGAGGUCACAAAAUCUUACCAAAAUUAAUAGCAUCAAAAUGUACGAUUUUUCAAAGCUUUAUACAACCAUUCCCCAUGACAAAUUAAAAUCUAGGCUUUUUGAUAUCAUCGACAGUCGUUUCUUCAAUAAAAAUGGAAGUCGUAAAAAUGCUUACCUUGUCAUUGGAAUUCUAAAAAAAUAUUUUGUUAAACUAUUCUGAUUGCACACACAAGUACUGAAGUUGAUAUUAAAAAGAUGCUUGAGUUUCUGAUAGACAACAUCUAUGUAGUUUUUGGAAAUCAAGUCUUCCAACAAUCUGUUGGAAUUCCCAUGGAUACCAACUGUGCCCCAUUGUUAGCAGACCUAUUUUUGUAUUCUUAUGAAGCAGAAUUUAUUCAAAAACUUGUACGUGAAAAAAAAAUCACUCGCUGUGGCCUUCAACUCAACACUCAGGUAUAUUGACGACCUAUUAUCAAUUAACAAUUGUUAUAUCCAUACUUACAUCGAUUCUAUAUAUCCCAGUGAACUUGAAAUAAAAGAUACCAUCUGUUUCAUAUUUGGAUAUUUUACUCGAAAUGGACAUUGAUGGUAACCUAACAACAAAACUUCAUGAUAAACGCAAUGACUUCAAUUUUUAUAGUCAACUUUCCUAACUUAUGUAGCAAUAUACCUUCAUCACCUGCAUUUGGUGUUUUUGUUUCUCGGUUAAUUCGAUACACAAGGAUAUGCUCUUCUUAUGAACAGUUUCUAAGGCGAGGCAAGCUACUGACAAACAAGUUGAUAAAACAGGACUAUCAACAGUCUCGUUUGAAGUCAUCUUUUCGUAAGUUCUAUGGUCGAUACAACGACCUUGUCAGCAAAUAGAAUCUUCCACUGGGUCGCAUGCUGACUGACGUUUUUCAUACUAAUUGUUCGACCAUAAUUAAUCCCCUAAUUGUCUAUGGAAAUUUUCAUUAUUUCCCCGAUUACGACAAAGAGCACACGGUGGGUGUAACCGGUCAGCAGAGGAUGCUCACUCCACCAUGGCACCUGAUCCUACUUCAAAAAGGAAGAAUCUCUGCCAUUCAUGCAACUGAAAUGUGACCGAAUGGUUACUGAAAGGUGACUGAAUGGCAUAGUUAUGCCAUUCAGUCACCUUUCAAGACCUUUCAGUUAUCAUUCAGUUGACUAAAUAGCAGAGGUUCAUCCUGUGUCAAUCCUUUUAGAGGUCCGUGUUGCUCUGCUUUGAAUUGCCAUUUAGUUUUAUGGGUUUUUGAGAUAGUUGACAGUUUGUUAUUGUCAUUUUUUCAUUCAUUCAAUGUUCAUUUUUGUAAUGUAAAUACAAGAUGGCCAAGAGCCAUGUCAGUCUGCUCAUUCUAUUUGUUUUAAAGUUGCAUUUUCGAAUUAUUUCUUUGGAAACAGUAAAUGAAAUUUCUCAAAACCUUUACUACCAAAAAUUCAUGAUAUGUCAAAGACUCAUUAUUUACCCUUUUUUAAUAAGCCUGUGAUCGACUGCUUUUUUCUUGUUAUUGAGAAAGUAGAAAUAAACAUCAAGUCUUUACCUGUUUUUUUUUAAUAUUUCAGGACGUUAUAAUAAAAUUCAUUCAAGGAAUCUUAAAGCCCUAGACUGUUGGUUGUUAGCUGGUUCAGAGUUAUCGGUAAGAAUAGAGACUUCAUGCAAACGACCAUAUCAACAUCACGAUGAAAAUAUAGGAUCUCUCUAAAUUUGUCUCUGUUGUUGCCUCCCUCUCAGUCUAUCUUUCUCGAUCAUUUAUCUCUGAUUAAUUUUCUACCCAUCAAAUUUCUUUUGUAGGUCUUUUUCUGCGGACGUAAUUGAUAGAGCAGGAGAUUAUGCUUUUUACAAGACAGUGUCUUGUAUACACUUCCGAUAACAUAUGUUGUCUUUAAGAAGACUUCGAUGAUCAUUAUGUAAAAUUUUUUCAAUGCACAAACAUGUUGUAAUGUACAAUGCACUCGCUUAUCACUGUGCGACCCGAGUUCGAUCAUCUGUGAUUCUUUAACGCAUGGUACAUGUACUUAAUAUCAUAUGUCUUAUGCAUAUUUUGUAAGCAUUCAUUCAUAUAAGGAUAGUCAUAUCCACUGCUCUACGAUGUUAGAAUAACAUAUGUGUUUUUACACUUUAGCAAUGCAUAGCAUAAUGAGGUGUGGCCACCAGUGACUUUAUUUUUUAAAGGUAGAUCUGAUAUUAAAUGAUAUAGAAUUAUUUAAUUUUUUUAUCAAAACUAGUUCAGUGUUCACCUUUGCUGCGAU